ACAAAAAUUAUUUUUAACAUAGAUGAUGAAAUUUUAACAACCCAAUCUUCGUGAAAGUCGCAUAUUUACUCGAGGCAGUCUUGUCAGAACAAUUAUUGCCUCUAUCGUCGCAACUAGUUAAAUUUGCUCAAGUGUAGAUAUUGCCUCAAGUCAAGACUGCCAUAUGGCGAUCCAUUUAUCGCCACUUGUGGCAGAUUUUUAGUGGUACUAAUAAAAAGUUUUAGUCAAGUGUAGAAUGAACCAGUUCUGAGCCUCAAAUUGCCUCAAUUCAAUUUUCACUUUAUAAAAUGGCUUGGGAUAAUGAAAAGAGUUUGUAUUUGAUUAAGUUGUACGAAAAUCAUCGAGUCUUAUGGAAUCAUGCUGAUAAAAGUCAUUUUAAUAAAUCGCUUAAAGAAGAUGCCUGGAAGAGUAUUAGUUCGGAAAUGAAGAUUCCUGUUGAAGAAGUUAAGAAGAAGAUGUCUGCUCUUAUGGGAUCAUUUAGGAGGGAAAAAUCAAGACAGAAAAAAUACUAUAGAACAGGUAAUAGUGGAUAUAGAUCAAAAUGGUUUGCAUAUGACAGUUUAAAAUUUUUAUCAACCAAAAACGUCUCUCAAAAUAGUGAAGAUAAACUAACGAAAAAGCAAACAUCAAAUACAGCAUCAGAUCCAUUUGACCAUUCAGACGAUAUUCAAACACCUAAUGCAUCAGACCAAGAAACCAACUUAUUCAAUAUUCCAAAUCCCCAAAGAUCAAAAUUAACUAAUGGACGAGAUGUUGAUCCAAAAGAUUCAGAUUCGCAUGAACAAAUAUCUAAAUCAUGCUCUAAAAGAAAAUCUGAUGACGGGAUAAAAAUUAAUAAAACUUUUCAAAAAGCAUUGAAGCUACUAAGGAAUGCUGAUGAUUCAUAUGAUACUUUUGGCAAACAUGUUGCUAAUGAAUUAAGAAAAUAUAAUACUCAGACAUUGUCAUAUGUUAAGAAAGCUAUAAAUGACAUCAUUUUUGAAGCAGACAUCGGAAAAAUCCCCAGACCAAACAAUGAGUACUUAACCCAGCAAUAUUCUCGUCAACACGACUAUUUAUAUUCUAGACGCUGUUCAACUUCAACUCAUGUUCCUUCACCGAGUCCUACUGGGUCUCCUGGAACAUUGGUUACGACUCCAGUUACCACAGUACUCUCAUCACCAUCACCUGAUGCUACUCUGGGUAAUAACGAUUCACAAUCGUUGUGAACACUGUUAGUUAACUAGACAUAAAAAUGUAUACUUUUUUAAUGCUAGAUUAAUGAGAAUUAAUAAUAAUAUCAUCUUCAAGUUAACCUUAUAACUGUUAUGCAGUUCUCAUGAGAUGAAAAUAACAGUGAUAAAUUGAGUUUUAUAGUUUAUAGAUUAUUUUGAAAUUGUAAAAAGAUUUGACAAUAUUUAUUUAGUAUUUAUGAACUGAUAAAUUAUUAUUAUUAAAUUCAAUUUGUUACAAACAAAGACUUUAACUAUUGAAUUUGAUAAUCAUUGAACAUUUUGAAAGAUUAUAAGCAUCAAAAGAUAAUAUUUGAUGAAAUUAAUUGCAAACCUAAUUGAAAUUCAGUGGAUAACAUAUCUAUUAUUCAAAUCUUUUCCUGGAAUUAUCUUAUUAAAAGCAGCAAAUCAUAAAUUACUCAAGCGCAGACAUGUAAAGUUAUUAUUAUUUGUGUUUCCAACAUCUUUGGCUAACUAUGGUACCUUUUAAAUUAUAAACUGCUCUUUAUUAUUUUCUUGAGUUCAGUAAAUCAUAA